AUGCACGUGGUGGGCCUCAUCAGCGGUGGCAAGGACUCCGUUUGGAACUUGCACUACUGCGAGCAGUUCGGGCAUGAGAUCGUCUGCGUCGCAAACCUCGCCCCCCCAGAUGGGGUUACUGAGCUGGAUUCCUACAUGUACCAGACCGUCGGCUCUGAGCUCGUGGAGACCAUGGCCUCUGCCAUGGGUCUGCCCCUGGUCCGGCGUUCUAUCACGGGAGCACCCACCAAUGUCGACUCGAGCGUUUACGCUCCCCAAGAAGGCGACGAGGUCGAAGAUCUCACGCUGCUGUUGCAGGAGGUCCUGGAGGCAUACCCAGACGUGAAUGCGGUGAGCUGUGGGGCCAUUCUGAGCGACUACCAGCGCUGCCGUGUGGAGCAUGUUUGUAGUCGACUGGGCCUGAAAGUGUUGGCCUUCCUGUGGCGACAGGAUCAGUCCUUGCUUCUGGAGCAGAUGAUCGAAGGGCAGCUGGAUGCACGAAUCGUGAAGGUUGCCUGCAUGGGGCUGGAUGAGCGCCACAUCGGCAAAUCCAUCCUCUCGGCGAAUUUUUCUGCUCACAUCAUGGCCCUGGGGAAGAAGUGGGGCGUGCACGUUUGUGGCGAAGGUGGCGAGUACGAAAGUGCAGUCUUCGAUGCACCCAUCUACAGAAGUGGACGGCUUUGCCUGCCCGAAGGUGCUGUGGAGGCCGUUGCCCAUCCCUCGGGCGAGGGAGAUGGUGUGGCGCUGAUGCAGCUGAGGGAACUGCCUACACUGGAGGAAAAGGGGCAGGAGGAGGCUUCGACCGGGAGGUUCGAAGUUCUGGAGGUCUACGACUCCUUGCAGUACUACCACAACACCUUCCCGCGCCUUCCACGUGAGCACGUACCGCAGUUUGUAGCACCCGAGGACUCCUCGUGCUGGUGUCCGUCCUCGCCUUCCUCCGGGCCAGCUCCAGGAGGAGUUCCUCCGGGUGCUGACUUCGGCUCUUCUGGGCCGAGGCUGAGGAGCCUCGGCCACACGGAGCUUCUCGGAAGCUCCUCCUUGGACGCGCGGUCCAUGCAGCUCGGCGCAGCAGGAGACAAAGCUUCUCCUGCCGAACAGUGUGGCUUGGUGCUCACAGCAGCGGAGGAGUGGCUGCGGGCGCAGAAGCGAUCCUUAGAGGACGUCGCCUUUGCGGAAGUGCAGGUGUCUGAUAUGGCUUGCUUCGACUCCGUCAACCAGGAGUACAGUAGGCAUUUUACGUCGAAUCCCCCUGCACGGGUUUGCAUCGAAACUUCUCUGCCGGAAGGGAUCCACGUGCGCUUCCGGCUCCUCCUGCGAGCUGCCGAAGGUCCUCCGAGCAGUCGGGAUGCCUUACGCGUGCAGUCCAUCUCCACAUGGGCGAUGGCAUGCAUUGGCCCGUACUCUCAGGCGCAGCGGGUCGCUGGGCGACUACUCUCCUCUGGGGUCUUGGGCCUCGUGCCUCACUCCAUGACUUUGCCAUCGGCAGAGGCUGCCGGCAACAUAAGGUUCUCUGAAGGCGACGAGGACGCAGCCGCGGAUGCGCUUCACACCGCUCCCACGCAACUGGAGGACGAACUGUGGAUCCUAAUGCGCUCUCUGGCGCACGUGCUGCAGGUGAUGGGCAGUGACUUCCGCGACGCGCAGCUGGCGCAGGUUUAUGUGGCUGGAGCUGGAGCAGGCUCCGCUGCCGAGCUUUGUGCCCACGUCCUGGCCUACAUGCGGCGCGCAUCGCCUGAAGCACAGCCGCGCCUUUGCUUCGCGGAGGUUCCAAGGCUGCCGAAGGGCGGAUGUGUGGAGAUUGCCCUCACCUGCGAUGCCUCGGAAGCAGCCUCGUCUUUUGCAGUGGCCGAGGCCGUCUCGAACUCUGAUUUGCCAUCGCUGCGCGCUGCAGCGACGCAGUGCCUGUCGUCCCUUUGCAAAGCUGUCAGUCGGAUCGAUGCCCUGCAAGUACAGUACGGGCCGUCCAGCGAUUUGGAGCCGCUUCUUCAAGAAGCAGUGCAGGCAGCGCUGUCUGCAGUGUGUCCUGGUUGGGGUGCCGACUGCGCCCUGUCCUGGAUGCCAGUGCUUUCCUUGGGCCUGGCGGACGCAUCAAGCUCCACUGGUCAAGUCCAGUUGCGGCUUAUUGGUUUCCUCGCAGCGGAUUCGGCGAGCUGA